AUGAGCGGCGGCGCCGAUUCCACCAAUUCGGUCCUGGCCGAGCUCGACUGGGACGAUGGGUUCGCCAUCCCCGUGGCCAGCGCGGAAAACAAGGCCCUGGAGGACGAGCUGCAAAAGAUGCAAAAAGAAAAGGCAAACUUGCAAAAUCAGUUGACUGACUAUGAAGACCGUAUUGCAGCAAUGACAUCACAUUUGAAGAAUGUCAGUCAGGAGUUUAAUUUGACACAGUCUCUUUUCAGAGCCAGACAGAAUGAAAUUGAAACCGAGCAGCAUUUUAAAGCCCUCGCAGAGAGAGAAGUGGGGCGCCUGAAAAGUGAGAUUCAAAGGCUGGAGAAUGAUAUGGUUUCAUUAAGAGAGAAGAAAAAUAGUCAAGAAAAUAAUGUUUUCAAAGUGAAUCAGAAACUGGAAGCUUUAAGAUGCCAGAUGAAUUGGGACCAACAAGCUUUGGAGGCCUGGUUAGAAGAGUCUGCGCGUAAAGACAAUGAUGCAGUUACGAUACAGAAAUAUGCACAGCAAGAUGAUGGCAAAUUACGAGUGUUGACUUUACAGAUAGAAAUGUUGACGGUACAAUGUAAUAACAGACGCAGAAUUCUUGACAACGAGCUUACAGAAACCUUAGCUGCUCAGAUAGAGUUGGAUAAGACAGCUGAAGAUUUCCGCAGAGUUCAUCACGAAAGACAAGAACUUAUCAGACAGUGGGAAAGCACAAUAGAACAAAUGCAGAAAAGGGAUCAAGAAAUAGAUAACUGUGCCUUGCUUUUAGCACAGGCAAGACGGGCGAUCCGUUCAAAGGAAAAUGUGCUUAAAGACAAGAUCCAGUUUUUGGCAAAUGAGAGUGGCAAUAACAUGGAGUAUGAGAAGAGAAUUGCCGUAGCUGAUCGACAAGCUACCAAACUGAGACUAGAUUACCAGAAGGAGGAGGCUAAUCGAAAUCUGCUCCAGGAUGAGCUGGAUACAUUGAAAGCUACUGUGGAUGGAACCGCUUCUGAAUUAGAAUCUAUGAGAACUAGUGUAGCUAACUUUAAGAAGGAGAUUCAGGACAGAACUUUAAGGCUAAACUUGAUUAAGGACCAGAAUGAUAGUCUUAUAAGUAAAUUGAAAUUUGUGACAAACCAAGCACUGAGUUUAGAAGAAAAAGCAAGCAGAAUGGAAGAGCUACUGAAAGAGAAGGAGAAAAGUGUGAAGGAGAAAGAGGGGCAGGCAAUGCAGUUGAGAGAUGCACACUUCAGAAAAACAAAGGAGCUGAAAACGCUCCAGGAAAAUGAGAAGUGUGUAACAGCUGAAAUUGACGGACGUCGAGGACAGAUGAAAAACCUACACAGCCGAUUAUUCCGACUAGAUGCAGAGACACUUAAGCAACAAGAACUCAUGUAUAAUCAGGAUUUUUAUAUACAGCAAGUGGAGAGACGGCUGUCACGCUUGCAGGGGGAGCUUAACACAGAUGAGAGGCAAAUUUUAGAAGCAAAAGUUGCUGAACUUACAAAGAUAGCAGAUGAAAAGAAACAGGCAUACAAUACUUUGCAAGCACAGCAGAAGAAACUUCAGAAUGACACUCAUUUUAUCAAGUUGGCCAUGACUAAGACUGGAGAAGAAAUGGCUGGUUUGAAUACCAGAGUAGAUGAGCUAAACCUUUUCACUGACAAAUCAGAGAAGUUAUUAAAAAAAGCCAGAGCGGAUAAGCAGGAUUUGAUGAUUGAAGACAAUCUCCUGAAGCUGGAACUGAAACGUGUAAGAGAUACACUGUACAAUAAGGCUGAGAAAGUCCUCUCGCUUGAAAAACGGAAGCAACAGUUGAAAACAGCAAUGGAGGAAAGAACUGCGGACAUCAAAGUUCAUAAGGCAAUGAUUGAGACGCAGAUAAGAGUAAUAGAGCAGGAACGUCAGACUUUGAGUUCUGAGUUUCAUGAGCGGCUGAGUAAAAUUGAGAAACUGAAGGAUAGAUAUGAAAUUAUUACCAUCGUCAUGAUGCCCCCAGAAGGAGAAGAGGAGAAAACUCACACUUAUUAUGUCAUCAAGGCUGCCCAGGAAAAGGAGGAUCUUCAGCGUGAAGGGGAUACUUUGGAUGCAAAGAUCCACAAAGCUGAGAAAGAAUGUCUAGCCCUAGAGAAUACUCUGCACGUACUUAACAGCUGCAACAGCAAUUAUCGGGAGUCAUUCAAGAAAGUUACUGAGAAAAGUGAGGAGCAUGAAGAGAAGGUGAAACUGGAACAAGAGAAAAGAGCCGCUGAUGAGAAAUACAGAUACAAGCGAAGGCAGAUCAAAGAGCUCCAGGAGGAUAUCCAGUCGAUGCAAGGUACUCUAGAUAUGCUUUUGAAAGAUGAGACUGUCUACAGUGAAAGAAAAAGAGAGAAACAAGUAAAAAUGCUGCGGUUAACCAAAGAUAUAGAAGAUCAGAAGCCCAAAAUAGAAAGAGUCACAAAACAGGUUUCUCGACUAUCCAGAGAAAUCCGAGCAUUAAAGAACACCCAGUCAGAAACACAAGAAGAAAAGGAUAUUGAACUUCGUGCACUGAAAGACUUCAGCAAAUCCAUGGAUAAAAUGCUGAUUGCUGUUUCAGAAGCAAAUCCAGAUUUAAACACAGCCUUUCAGAGAUAUUUUGAACAGGCUUCCAUACAGUUUUCUCCAACUUCUUCUCGCCUUAGCUUUCAAUCAUCUGCUCGGAGCUCAUCAUUCUCAAGCAUAUCUGCCAAGAGUUCAGCUUCAGCUUCCAGUCAAGCACAACUUAACAUUGUAUCUCUAACUCUGAGCCCCGAACCUACUGUUUUUUCACGUCCUCCUAGUCAGGGUAGUAUAUCUGCAUCCUCUCCUAGCAGAAGCCCCAAUUAG